GGACAGGAGUUGAACAGAUGAGAACCAUUAAAAAAUGUUUUUGUUCCAAUUGAAGUUUAAUACUGGCAAACGAGGCAUGAAGGUAAAAUCACCUGUUUGAAAUGAACCAAUGAAAACGAAUAAACUAGUCAAUCAAUUCACAGCAGUCAGCUGAGAUGCUGACAAGGCGCACCUGUCCAAAUCUGUGAAGUUGGUGGUCAAUCAAAGAACCAUGGCGACAACGAACCGGCAGCAGCAACACUCACUUCCAGGUUUUCCUGAUGACAGUGUUGUUGAAGGUGGCCCCAGUAGUGUGGAUAAGCUUGCAUUAAAAUACAUGGAGUUGUGUAAAGUGCAGUCCAGUACUGAUUCCGAGUCAGAUGUCAGUCCAAGAUGGUCUGAUACCAGCACCAUGGGAUGUGGAAGUAGUGCGCCAGAGAGCAGACAACCCAUUCAAAGGAUGCCAACAUGUUCACACAAGCCGGUGGGACGUUACUCGUGGCUUUCUUUGUCCUUGGACCCAUAUGACGGGAGCUCAGAAGAUUCAGACGAGUCUAUCGCUGGCCCCAGGCGACCGAAGCAGGGGAGCUGCAGGUAUUGGGGUAGGAGCCAAAGAAGGAACAAUCACCCUCCCACUGUCAUCCUCAAAGAAGUGAUCAAAAGUGGUGGGCCAACAGAGCCUCAUCUCAUUGAUGUCCAGAUGAGGUCAGCAAGUGACUCUGAGCUAUGGACAUACAGCCACAGCAAGGGGCGGGGCCCGGUGGCAGAGACAUCUGCAGACUCUGGAGUGCUCACUACUAAAUACUCACCUUGCACACCGGUGUUUCCCACUUUCGUGGGGGCAGCAACCUCUGUCCAGAUACCAGAGAAAUCUCCCGACAGUACUAUCCCCCUCAGGGGUGUCUUCAAAAGGAAGUUAAGUCUUCCAGGAGCAGAGGCACUACAAGAUUGUGGCCACAGGAAGAAGCAGUGUGUCACCAAAAUGGAGGCUGGGGAUUCUCCUCCUGAGGUGGCUAGGAGCGGUUUCAGGGUCAUGACAGUGGAAAAACGGGGACACUUUUGACCAUCUUUUUCUGCAGAACAAGUUGACUAGGUGAUAAUCUGUGGCUAUUCAAGUUUACUAGGAGAAUGUGUCACACAUGAUUGUUAUUUCUUUACUUAGAUGUCUUUUUUUAACACUAAUUUGAAAAACUUAUUCCAUAUUCAUUUGCAUUGCUAUAUUGUUCAUUGGUGUGGUGCUGUAUAUUUUGGCAGACUGAAUAAAUCAUGCAUUUGCGUGGUAGACAGAUUUGCUUUAGACUAAUAUUAAA